AUGUCUCUUCACAACCCAUCUCUCAACAAGCAACAGCGGAUCCAAGUCUGGCGCGAGGAGGUUGCAGCUUCAGCAUCCCUGUGCACAUGCCCCCCGUCCUCACCGGCCGCAUCUGCCUCCUCAACAAACAUUUCCCUCUCCGCCGCAUCAUCAUCAGCUUCCUCCUCGGCGUCCUCACCGGGGGCGGGCGAUGCCUUCACAUUUCCCCGCAGCGACAUCCUCCCCUUACAACCGACGUACUGCCCGACGUGCUCACGCCUCGGAGCCCCGCCGGCAAUGGGCUUGGAACCAUCAGGGGCUUACCUCGACCAGACAGAGACACUUCCCGGUGGACACGUGCCGGCGGGUCUUUUCCGUGCAAAGCACGGCAGCCACCCAAUCUUCCGCGGCAUGCGCAACCUCGUCCGUAAGAUUAGCGGGAGCAGGACCGGCGGGCCCAUGCCGCCCCGCGGCGCCGAGGAAGCCACCAAAAUGUACCGACGCGCGACCCUCGCGGCCCCCCUCAACGUCGCAAUCAACCCCGCCGCUGACGCCGAAAUGGACGCAGACGGGGACUGCGCUGUCGACGAGGCCGACUCGGAGGGCCGAGGCCAUGUGCCGAAGCUGAUCGCCGAAAAGCAGGCACGGCUUAGGAGGGCCUCGAGGCUCCUCGCGAGGACUCAUGGGAACCGUUAG